AUGGAGAUUGCUAACGCGAUAGAUCUCCAUGUGAAGCAUUGGAGGGAGACACUUUUUGAGGUUGCUGGCAUCUCAGGGGGUGAAGUCUUAAAUUCCUGCGGAGAAAUGGAGAUUACUGAUGCGAUAGAACAACACGUGAAACAUUGGAGGGAGGCUUUUUGUGAGGACGCUGACAUCUCAGAGGGUGUCUAUUAUUUCGAUGAUAUCCGCGAGGCUAUACAAAAUAUUGUUAAAAAUCUUACAAGUUUGUUGGACAAGACAGAGUUGUUUGUUGCCAAUAAUCCCGUCGGAGUGGAAUUUCGUGUGCAAGAAAUGGUUCAGAUGCUAGACCAAAAACAACCAAAUGAUGUUCUACUACUAGGGGUAUGGGGGAUGGGAGGCAUUGAAUGGAAUACGUGUCUUGGUAGAGCGAAGUCUUGUAACUGUAGAUAUGAUAAGAACAAACUUGGAAUGCAUGAUUUGCUAAGGGACAUGGGAAGAGAAGUUAUUCGUUCAAAAUCACCAAUGGAGCUUGAGGAGCGUAGCAGAUUAUGGUUUCAUGAAGAUGUGCUUGAUGUGUUAUCAAAGGAAACUAUCUUAGAUGGCUUUGUUGGCAUGGAUUUCCUUUUGCCUUCAUACCACCAAGCUUUUAUCAAGGAAGUCUAG